GAGAAAACGAAAGAGGAUUUUUACAUUGUUGAAAAGAGCGGAGACGCCAUUACAGGGUGUGAGAUUUCUGCUGGGAGACACACGUUUGGAGGAUUUGAAACACUUAAGAGAAAGGACAUACCUUAGUGAGUUUUGCUUUUAAAAGACACCAGUGACCGAGACAAAUGGCUGAGAAAACCGCUCUUCUUGAAAGUUACCUGAGCUGCCAUGUGUGUUCAGAGACUUUCAGAGAUCCUGUGUCUCUGGGCUGCAGCCACAGCUUCUGUUCGAGCUGCCUGCAGAAAUUCUGGGAACAAAGUAAGAACAAAAACUGUCCUAUUUGUAAAAGAAAGUCCUCAAAAGAAUAUCCUUGGGCGAACUUUACACUGAAGGAACUGUCUGACUCCUUUGCUGAGAGACAGGAAGCUGGAUCAUCUGAGACAGAAAAAGGAGAGAAGAAGCUGGAGGUGGUGUGUAGUAAACAUCAAGAAGAGCCUAAAUUGUUCUGUAAGGAUGAAGAGAGAGCUGUGUGUCCUGUCUGUGAGUUUUCUCUCCACCAGGGUCACAAGGUGGUUCCUGUAGAACAAGCAGUCAGUGAGCUGAAGGACCUGCUGACAUCUGACUUAGGGUCUCUGCAGGACAAGAGGAACAAAUACAAAGGAGUGGAGAAAACAUACAAUGCAGUGAUUCAAGUGUCCAAGAAGCAGCUGCUGUCCACAGAGAGGCAGAUCACAGCAGAGUUCAACAAGCUCCAUCAGUUCCUGAAAGAGGAAGAGGAGUCCAGACUGGCAGCUCUGAGGGAGGAAGAGGAGCAGAAAGGGAAGACGAUCAGCAGAGAGAUGAAGAGCAUUCAGGAGCACAUCUCCUCUCUGUCACACAGUAUCUCUGCUGUUGAAGAAGAGCUGCAGAAACACAACGGGCCCUUCCUCAGCAGUUACAAAGCCACUCAGAGCAGAGCCAGAGUCCAGAGCUCACUGUCAGACCCACAGCUGCUCUCAGGAGCGCUGAUAGAUGUGGCCAAACACCUGGGCAACCUGUCCUUCAGAGUCUGGGAGAAGAUGAAGGACCAGGUCCACUUCAGUCCUGUCAUUCUGGACCCAAACACUGCAAACCGCUGGCUCUCUCUGUCUGACGAUCUGACCAGUGUGAGACGUGGAGACAAAGAUCAGCAGCUUCCUGAUAAUCCAGAGAGAUUCACUAACGGUGCUGAUGUUCUGGGCUCUGAGGGCUUCAGCUCAGGGAAACACAGCUGGGAGGUGGAGGUGGGAGAUUAUCCUGUCUGGAAUAUAGGUUACACUAAAGAGUCAGCUGACAGGAAGGGAAAGAUAUUUGUCUCACCAAGAUAUGGAAUCUGGUGUUUAGAACAUAGCAGUGGAAAAUACACUAAUGGUGCUGGUGAGACUGUCGGAGUGGAGAAGAAUCUCCAGAGGAUCAGAGUCCAGCUGGACUAUGACAGGGGGGAGGUCUCCUUCUACGACCCUGAACACAUGACUCACAUCUGCACUCACAGAGACACUUUCACUGAGGAACUCUUCCCAUAUUUCGGUAUUGGACCAGCUGGUGAUGCUAAAACUGCUGAUAUCAAGAUCUGUCAAAGUGAGAUUCCUCUGUGAUGCUCAGGAGUGUUAGUUCAGACUUUAUUCUGACUUCACUGUCCGUCUAGAUCUCUUUGAAAUAAUCAAGAUAAAAAACAGAUGAUCAUCAGAUCAUAAUUUUAGCCUGUAAGAUUUCUAAAUGUUCCGAAAAUGUGAUCAUGUUUUAUUUACAGCUUUCCCAAAGUCCCAGUGUAAAUAAAACAUUGUUUUUAGUUAUAGUUAAUAUGUGGUAAUAGUUGUUCAUAGGCUGUGUGUCGUGUUCAUGUAACUCACUGACAUUUUCUUUUUUAUCUUAAUCUGAAAAUAAUUGUUGACAUAUUGAGUCAAGGAAGAGGAAUGUUUACAUUUUAUCCCCAACAUCUUUAAAUCAAUUAAUAGAUUUUCUGUUUUCCUUUAAUGGAUGUCAUCAGAAUGUUUUUUUUUGUGGAGAAUUCUUGACUUUUAACAAAUGUAAUCAUUUUGUAUGUUUUGCUGAAAUGGCAUGAAACCAACAAAACUAACAAAUCAAAGCUGUCAAUUCUCCUUUUAUCAACAUCUAGUUUAUAGUCAAACAUCAUUUGUAUAGCACUAUAAUUCAUCCGUUUAACUUGAAUAACUGAUAUUUUGGGGUCUUUUGAUUCAUUAUUUGUAUAUAUGGGUAUGUUGUUUUCCUGCAGGUAGCAUCUUUGAUUGAUUCUUCGUCAUGUGACAUUCUCCGUAUGUAUAGAUGGACAAUAACAUUUAUGGUAAUUGAAAAUGUCAAUUUCUUAUUAACCUAAAGGAAAUAACAGCUUUACAAUUAAGUUUAGUAUGUGUAAUGCUGCUUCAGAUCUCUUGUGAUUGAAUAACCAGCAGUUUUAUUCAGAAAUGUGUCUGAGGUUUUUUCCAGUUUCUUCACGUACAUCUGUCAAAUAGCCAUGUGACCAUUUACAGAGAAUAUAAAUGAUGAAAGAGAAUUGUACAAAAAUAUAAAUAAAUCAUUUCUUAAUGAUGUAA